GUACGUCCAAACUGCGCAGAACACGACUGUGUUCGGCUAUAGCUACACGUAAGCAUAAUACAUCUACCGCAAUAUUCCCGAUUCUUCAUGGAGAUUGAUGUGCGACAAAACACCGGUAGACGACGAAAAUAAUAGACUUCGAUACUCAGCUGACCGAAGGUUAUCUUUAUUGUUGAGUUUCAGAACUCAAAACUCAUGGUUGAUAACUUCGGUUGGCAUGGAAGGAAGUAAUGAGGAAGGGCAGAAGAAAGGAGAAAAUGGCACGGAGGAUAGAGAAAGUAGGUCCGCCAUAGGCAGUUGUCACAAGGAGAAGAACAAAGUAGUAGCCCGGUCAGAGAGUAAGAACAGUGACGUGCCCAAAAAUGUCUAUAACAAGACAAAUCCAGAGAGUUAUGAAGGACCAGUUAAUCAGCUUAAAGUCGAACCAAUAUCUCAAUCUAUCAAACGAGAGACUUCAGCAUCUAAUAGUAUGACUCAAACACAUUUACCCAGUCCGGGGAAUACAAAAUCAGGAUAUACUUCUGGUCAUGAAGGCGCUUGUGUUAAAGAAUCCCUAGAAAAAGUUGGAGAUGUUUCUGUGGAUCACCGAAGAGUUAAAUAUUCGACUUCUGGAUCCCUUGUUGGUCCUGGUGAAGGGUCUCAGAAGAUAGAAGAAGAGGAAAGUGGACAUCAGCAGGAAGCAGAAUCUGCCACUAAUCCCGGUGUAGGAUCUGAAGAGACUGAUGGGAAGGAAAGUGAAACGUCACUGAGUACUGGAUCAGCAGCCACUUCCGGUGAAAGCCCUCAACCCACAGAUCCACCGGAAGAUGAGCACAGACAGAAAACUGAACCCAACGAGAGUUUCCGACAGACAAAAACAGAGGAAACGGGGCACUCACAGGAAAUCAAUACUGAGGAAUAUGGGACACACCUUAAAUCCGAAACUUCCACCAAUCCCGAUGAGAGUACCCAACAGACUGGGACAGCUGGAAGUGCGACAAAACAUAAAUCUGGAACUUCUACCAAUCCCGAUGAGAGUACCCAACAGACUGGGACAGCUGGAAGUGCGACAAAACAUAAAUCUGGAACUUCUACUAAUCCCGAUGAGAGUACCCAACAGACUGGGACAGCUGGAAGUGCGACAAAACAUAAAUCUGGAACUUCUACUAAUCCCGAUGAGAGUACCCAACAGACUGGGACAGCUGGAAGUGCGACAAAACAUAAAUCUGGAACUUCUACCAAUCCCCAUGAGAGUACCCAACAGACUGGGACAGCUGGAAGUGCGACAAAACAUAAAUCUGGAACUUCUACUAAUCCCGAUGAGAGUACCCAACAGACUGGGGCAGCUGGAAGUGCGACAAAACAUAAAUCUGGAACUUCUACUAAUCCCGAUGAGAGUACCCAACAGACUGGGACAGCUGGAAGUGCGACAAAACAUAAAUCUGGAACUUCUACCAAUCCCGAUGAGAGUACCCAACAGAUUGGGACAGCUGGAAGUGCGACAAAACAUAAAUCUGGAACUUCUACCAAUCCCGAUGAGAGUACCCAACAGACUGGGACAGCUGGAAGUGCGACAAAACAUAAAUCUGGAACUUCUACUAAUCCCGAUGAGAGUACCCUACAGACUGGGGCAGCUGGAAGUGCGACAAAACAUAAAUCUGGAACUUCUACUAAUCCCGAUGAGAGUACCCAACAGAUUGGGACAGCUGGAAGUGCGAAAAAACAUAAAUCUGGAACUUCUACCAAUCCCGAUGAGAGUACCCAACAGACUGGGACAGCUGGAAGUGCGACAAAACAUAAAUCUGGAACUUCUACCAAUCCCGAUGAGAGUACCCAACAGACUGGGACAGCUGGAAGUGCGACAAAACAUAAAUCUGGAACUUCUACUAAUCCCCAUGAGAGUACCCAACAGACUGGGACAGCUGGAAGUGCGACAAAACAUAAAUCUGGAACUUCUACUAAUCCCGAUGAGAGUACCCUACAGACUGGGGCAGCUGGAAGUGCGACAAAACAUAAAUCUGGAACUUCUACUAAUCCCGAUGAGAGUACCCAACAGACUGGGACAGCUGGAAGUGCGACAAAACAUAAAUCUGGAACUUCUACCAAUCCCGAUGAGAGUACCCAACAGACUGGGACAGCUGGAAGUGCGACAAAACAUAAAUCUGGAACUUCUACUAAUCCCGAUGAGAGUACCCAACAGACUGGGACAGCUGGAAGUGCGACAAAACAUAAAUCUGGAACUUCUACUAAUCCCGAUGAGAGUACCCAACAGACUGGGACAGCUGGAAGUGCGACAAAACAUAAAUCUGGAACUUCUACUAAUCCCGAUGAGAGUACCCAACAGACUGGGACAGCUGGAAGUGCGACAAAACAUAAAUCUGGAACUUCUACCAAUCCCGAUGAGAGUACCCAACAGACUGGGACAGCUGGAAGUGCGACAAAACAUAAAUCUGGAACUUCUACCAAUCCCGAUGAGAGUACCCAACAGACUGGGACAGGGGGAAUUGGGUCCCAACAGAAACCAGAAACGCCUAGCAAUCAGGUCUCGAAGAAUCCAUAUACGAACCAAUCUAGAGAACCAAGUUCAGGAUCACCAGUCCAUAGGGACGGACGUAUGACUACGUCUGAAGAAAAAAUGAGAGAAGAAAACAGAGCCAAUGAAGAAAAGAUGAAAAAUGAGGGCGCUGCUGCUAGUGAAGCCGGUGCUGCAAACGGUGCUAUACAGCCUCACCAAGAUCCAACAACGAAGGACACCGAACGUCCCGUAUCUAUCUCUAUUUGUACAUCGGCAUAUGAGAGCAAUGUCCGAGGUCUGUUGACAUUCUUGGAAGAUAUGAAAGAUGUUAUGCUCAAGGAUGGUCAUAACCUGAUUAAAAACGUAAAGAUCCAUGAACUUCCAUACAACAACCUUGAUGAUUAUGAAUUCCCAGCAAACAAGCCGGUGGAUGUUAUGAUACUUUGUCACUCUAUCAACAAUCGAAGGUUCGCCAUCACAGAUGUAAUGGACGCCCUCUACGAUAAAUACCUUCCAUACUGCCAACGGGUCAUAGGAAAGGAGAAAAUGGGAGUCAUCGUCCAUGACUUUGAUAACAUGAGAGAAUCAGUUCAAUCAUCUCGAAUGGGGUCAUUUGAAUACAAACAACCGACUGCCUUCAAGACUACUAGCCUUCAGAUAACAUGUGGACAUAUCGAGACGAAUGAGCAGGUCAAGAAACAAAUGCAACCAGCGGACCGGGACAAGCUGAUUAACUUCAUCAAGGAUGCGUCAAAAUGGCCAGAAGACAUGAAAACUGAACCUUCUGUCCUUCAUCGCAGCUACAACAUUCUUUUCUCUUUUAUGCGAUCCAUUUCGUCAGCAAUGGGCAGUAAGGAGAGCACAGGGGAAGGAUCCAGUGUGGACCCAAUUAAAGACGAGGGAUGGAUUGAUCUUGGUAAAGAUCAGAAUGGAAAGACGAAACGUCCGGCAGAUGAUAACCAUUCUCAAAGUUAUGACGCUAAGCGUUCAUGUGGGCCUCCUCAAGGUGUGUCGAAGACAGGCACUUCCAGUGGUUCUCACCAGCCUGCUCAGACCAGACCAGAUAAAAGGAAGAUUGCAUCCACCAAAGGACAAAUGCAAGACACAAGCAACGCAUUGGCAAAGACACAUGCUCAAGGUUCACAGCCGAAGGCACAACAAUCAGGCGGAGCAGCGCCCCGUCCUAUCUCAAUUUCGGUCUGUUCAUCCGCCUACGAGCACAACGUUCAAGGAUUCAUCACCAAGCUCAAUGAAUUGAAAACAAGUCAGCCUCAUAUUAUUUCUGAUGUCCGUUUUCGCCCACUACCAUACAACAUCAUCGAUGAGUUCAGGUUUCCUCCAGAAGACCCUGUUGAUGUGAUGGUCCUCUGCCAUUCAGUUAAUAACAGAGGAUUUUCAAUCACCGAUGUCGUGAAUGCUCUCUACGAAAAAUAUCUUCAGUAUUGCCAUGAUGUGAUUGGUAAAAGGAAGGUGGCAGUAGUUGUUCAUGACUUUAGUGACUGCAAGCCAACGAUCCUUGAGACAAGGAUGAACGCAUUCAAGAGGUCACAACCUUUAACAUUUGACCUUGCUGACACAGUAAUGGUAUGUGGUAAACUGGAUGACAAAGGCAAUGUGGAAAUCAGAGAUGAGGAUUGGACAAAACUAAUAAGAUUCUUGGAACAGGCAAGGUUUGAACCAAAAGAGAACAAUGCCGAAACACAAGGAACUGCAAAAAGCUGGUUGGGUUCAUUCUGGUAAUAUCAGCAAAUACUACUAAGAUACCAAGUGGAGCAGUUCUAAAAGAAAAAAAGG